GCACAGAUUGGAAAAGCUCUUCUGUUUUUAGUAACUUUUGUGCAUGUUUUAAAUCGAUCAUUUGUUUCAUCAGCUAAUCCUCAAGCGGAGGGCAUGUCCUUUCCACUCGCAGAAGUUGAAUUCCCUCCUUAUCACCUCCAGCCAAUGCGUACUUUAUUUUCCUUUUGCUUGUUGUUUGGAAAAAGGAGGCGGGGGGUGGGGAGGAACUGUUCAUACCACUUGCUGGAGCUGUCUGCAUUUUCAUCCAAGCCUAUGAACGGACAUCAGAGUGCCCUUAUGAUAUUUUGCACAAAAGGCUCAGUGUUCAUGGCUCUACUCAGAGAACCCAAAAUAGCAUUCAGUAAGCAGUGACAUGGUGACAUAGUGAUACUAAAAGCCCAGGCAUCCGCAACUCAGAGCAGUAACCCAGAUGUCAGGUUCGACGAAAAGCUGGUGAAGCAAAAUAAGAAGGCUUCCUCCUGCUGUUCCUUCUGCGUUUAUCACGAAUUUGGAAACUCAGUGUUUGCAGACCUCUUAGAACUUGAAGAUACACAGCUACUGUUUCCUCCGAAGAAUACCAGUUGGAAUCAAACGAGCAGAAUGGAUUAUUGCUUAUUGCUGCCUUUUACGUUGGGAAUUUCUCUCCUAUGGCCUUGCUUUAUGGCAACAGAAAUCUCUCAAACAGAGGAAGUUAAGCACCCAGUGGAUUCUCAUUUGAGAGUGAAGCGUGGUUGGAUGUGGAACCAGUUUUUUGUACCAGAGGAAAUGAAUAAGACUAAUUAUCACAUUGGCCAGCUAAGAUCUGAUUUAGACAAUGGAAACAACUCUUUCCAGUACAAGCUUUUGGGAGCUGGAGCUGGAAGUAUUUUUGUCAUUGAUGAGAGAACAGGUGACAUUUUUGCCGUCCAGAAGCUUGAUAGAGAGGAACGAUCCCUCUACACUCUAAGAGCCCAGGUAAUAGACGGCACUACUGGAAGGGCUGUGGAACCUGAGUCUGAGUUUGUCAUCAGAGUUUCGGAUAUCAAUGACAAUGAACCAAAAUUCCUAGAUGAACCUUAUGAGGCCAUUGUACCAGAGAUGUCUCCAGAAGGAACAUUAGUCAUCCAGGUGACGGCAAAUGAUGCUGAUGAUCCUUCAAGUGGCAAUAAUGCUCGUCUCUUGUACAGUUUACUACAAGGCCAGCCCUACUUCUCCAUUGAACCAACAACAGGAAUCAUAAGAACAUCUUCUAAAAUGGAUAGAGAACUGCAAGAUGAGUAUUGGGUAAUUAUUCAAGCCAAAGAUAUGCUCGGUCAGCCGGGAGGACUGUCGGGAACAACAAGUGUGUUAAUUAAACUUUCUGAUGUUAACGACAAUAAGCCUAUAUUUAAGGAAAGUUUUUACCGUUUGACUGUCUCUGAAGCUGCACCCACUGGGACUUCUAUAGGAAAAAUCAUGGCAUAUGAUAAUGACAUUGGAGAAAAUGCAGAAAUGGAUUACAGCAUUGAAGAUGAUUCUCAAACAUUUGACAUAAUUACUAAUAAUGAGACACAAGAAGGAAUAGUGAUAUUAAAAAAGAAAGUGGAUUUUGAGCACCAGAAUGACUAUCGUAUUAGAGCAAAUGUUAAAAACCGCCACGUUGAUAAGCAGCUCCUGAAAUACCAUGUAGAAGCUUCCAGCACCCUCAUUAAGGUCCAGGUGGAGGACGAAGAUGAGCCUCCUGUCUUCCUCCUCCCAUAUUACCUAUUUGAAGUCUUCGAAGGCAGACCGCAUGGAUCAUUCGUAGGCACGGUCUCUGCCACAGAUCCGGAUCAGAGGAGCUCUCCUAUCAGUUAUUCUAUGACGAGAAGCAAAAUGUUCAAUAUUGAUGACAAUGGCACAAUAAUCACAACCAAUGCUCUUGAUCGAGAGAUUAGUGCUUGGUACAACCUAAGUAUCACAGCCACAGAAAAAUACAAUGUGCAACAAAUUUCUGCAGUUCCUGUGUAUGUGCAAGUUCUUAAUAUUAAUGAUCAUGCUCCCGAGUUCUCUGAAUACUAUGACACAUAUGUUUGUGAAAAUGCAGACCCUGGUCAGGUAAUUCAGACCAUCAGUGCAGUGGAUAGAGAUGAAUCCAUAGAAGAUCACCAUUUUUACUUUAAUCUGUCUGUGGAAGACACAAAGAACUCAAGUUUUAUAAUCAUAGAUAAUCAAGAUAACACAGCUGUAAUUUUGACUAAUAGAACUGGUUUUAGCCUUAAAGAAGAGCCCGUCUUCUACAUAUCUGUCCUAAUUGCUGACAAUGGGAGCCCAUCACUUACAAGUACAAACACCCUUACCAUACACGUCUGUGACUGUGAUGAUUAUGGCAGUACACAGACCUGCAGGAAUAAAGACCGUAUGCUUUCCAUGGGAUUCAGAACAGAAGUCGUACUUGCUAUUUUGAUAAGCAUUAUGCUAAUAUUUGGGUUUAUCUUUUUGAUCCUAGGUCUAAAACAGCGAAGAAAACAGACUCUGUUUCCUGCGAAAAGUGAAGACUUCGGAGAGAACAUAUUCAGAUACGACGACGAAGGGGGAGGAGAAGAAGACACCGAGGCCUUUGAUGUCGUAGAGCUGAGAAGCAGCGCCCUCAUGCGGGAGCGGAAGGUGCAGAAGACCGCUACGGAGGAGAUCAGGCGCCUGUACAGGCAAUCUUUGCAGGUGGGCCCCGACAGUGCCAUUUUCAGGAAAUUCAUUCUAGAAAAGCUCGAAGAAGCGAAUACUGAUCCUUGUGCCCCUCCUUUUGACUCCCUCCAGACCUACGCUUUUGAGGGAACGGGGUCAUUAGCUGGAUCCCUGAGCUCCUUAGGAUCGGCAGCCUCUGAUCAGGAGGAAUAUUAUGAUUACCUUAAUGAAUUGGGACCUCGCUUUAAAAGAUUAGCAUGCAUGUUUGGUUCAGCCACUCAGUCAUAUAAUUAGGGGCCUUUUAUUAUUAAAAAGUUUUUAAGAAUGCUAAUAUGUGUUUGGGCACACUGGUAGUCACUUGAGUAGAGAGGUGUUAUCUGGGGGGAAUAUAUAGGCACAGAUAGAGCAUCUUCUGAUUUCCUUGGAGUAAAUACCCCUCGGUUAUUUCAAGCUACCCGCAAGCUGUCAGUGAAUGCAGAUAUGGAGUGAUGCUAACAGUCGGCUCUCCGGUACAUGUAACCGAAAUAUUCCUCUAGCAUUUUUUUCACUACCAUCCAGUACAAAUUCUCAACAUUUUUGGAUGUUUAAUGUGAGAAAGGCCCUGAACUACAUCAACUUAAUAUCAGUUCAUGUAUCCAUUUUUUUUAAGUCUUACCGAAUGAGAGAAAAAUGCUUCUCUAUUUUAAGUUCCGAUGCUAUAUGGCUAUAUGGAGAUAAACACUUACAGGGAAUCUGGAUGAUUAUAUAAAACCUUUAAAAACUGUUUCUUGCUAAUGAAUAUGCAAGUUUCUGGCUGAGAUUCUAGGAUGAUGGGUAGUAGUUUGAUGUUUGAAAAUCAUUGUUAAGACCUCACUUGAAACUGAUCUCAAAUUUAGACAGAUACUUGUUAUAUGUUACUUAAUCAAGGAUACAGUGUAAAUUUGUAUUAUCUUUGAUAUUACAGAUUUGUAUAAAAAAGGGGGCAUGAAAAAAUGUUUGAGAGUUUUCUAUAAGUUAUUUUUCCAUUUAACCAAAGUAGGGCUUUGGCAUGUCACAAUACAACAAAAUAUAUGUUGACGUUUACACAACAUCCAAUUUAAACUUUAUUAUAAUUGGGGAAAGUGUGAAAAACUGUUAAGUGAAUUUUAUUGCUACUAAAAAUGAUAGCAAUAAAUGAAAGGAGUAUUUGAUUCAAAGUUGAAUUACUAUUCAUCCAAAAUAUUAUGAUCAACUGUACGGAUUCUCACCACUCAUAGAAUAAAACAUGAUAAGAUUCUCAGCAUUUCCUUUUCUAUUAAGAGCUUAGACUGUAACUGGUUCUUAAGUGUCAUAUUUUUAUUAUGGAAUAUAAAAUUAGGUGCAAUAGUUACUUUUAUUGUCACAUUAUGAAGAAAGUAUGGUAGGCUGUCGGACCUGGGAGCACCCAGAUAACAAGAUUUAUGACAACAUUAGAUAAUAAGGUCAUAAAACACCUUAAAUUUAAUGAACAUUUUAAGAAUGAUCCUUAUUAUUCUAUCCCAAUGAAGAUGGAAUUCAAAACUCAUAGGUUGAACAGAAAGAAAAGAAUGAAUAAAAUGUCCUCAAAAUUGUUUUAUAUCUUCAUUUCUUAUUAACAGCAUGUGAAAAUGAAC